ACAUAGGUGGCGCUUUGAGCGCCGUAAACAUGGUAAUCAAACAGCAAGAGCGCUAUAAAACCUGCAGGAUUAGAGAGCCUGACUUUAACGGCACUUACCAGCUGUAAUGUAUCUUACAUGAUCACAGAGUCAGCAGAGCAUUAAUAACUCAAUAGCCAGAGUUGUAUGACUCUGUCUCGUAUAGCUGGUAGUUUGUUCAGCCGUCACGCUUUGAGUUGAGUCCAGGAGAAAUCUCUUGAUUGUUCUCAAAGCUACGAGUGUGUUUGUGUAGUGAACUGUGUGGAAAUAAGGAUGGCGGUGUCUAAGUCUACAGUAGCGAUCGUUUGUAUAGUUUUGGGAGGUUUGGCUGUUUUAUUCGGGACUGUGUUGGUGUUUGUCGGACCUGUUAUUAUAGACGAUCAAAUAGUGAAGAAUGUAGAGAUUAACCCAGACAAUGGACUCUCCUACUCUAUGUGGAAGGACAUCCCGGUUCCCUUCUUUAUGUCUGUAUAUUUCUUUCAUAUUGUCAAUCCUGAUGAAAUCCUAAAAGGAGAAAAGCCCACGGUGGUACAGAGGGGGCCGUAUGUGUACCGUGAAAAACGCUGGAAGGACAACAUCACAUUCCAUGACAACCACACGGUCUCGUAUAAAGAAUUUCGUCAGUAUUUCUUUGAGGAGAGCAUGUCUGUGGGAAAUGAAUCUGAUGUGGUCACCAUCCCUAACAUGCUAGUGCUGGGAGCAUCAGUAAUGAUGGAGAACAUGCCCUUUCCUGUACGCUUGCUGCUCAGCUCCUCGUUCAAGUCCUUUAACGAGGGACCUUACUUGACAAAACCAGUUGGAGAGCUCAUGUGGGGUUAUGACAGCCAGUUGGUGGACUUCCUGAACAAAUACUUCCCUGGAAUGCUGCCAACCAGAGGGAAGUUUGGCUUAUUUGCUGAGUUUAACAACUCCAACACUGGACAGUUCACUGUCUUCACUGGGCAGGACAACAUCCGGAAAGUUCAUAUGGUUGACUCUUGGAACGGCCUGAAAAGGGUGGAUUACUGGAGGUCUGAACAGUGUAACAUGAUCAAUGGUACAGCGGGUCAAAUGUGGCCUCCGUUCAUGACUAAAGAGUCGACGAUGCCCUUCUACAGCCCUGAUGCGUGCAGGUCCAUGGAGCUGGUGUACCAAAGGCCAGGCGUGUCUCGUGGGAUCCCCGUGUACCGUUUCGUGGCACCGAAGACUCUUUUUGCCAACGGUGCAGAUUAUCCUCCCAAUGAGGGCUUCUGUCCCUGUCGCCAGUCUGGUCUUCUCAGCGUCCGCAGCUGCAGACACAAUUCCCCUGUGUUCAUCUCUCAUCCGCACUUUUUUGAGGGCGAUCCCGUCCUUUUGGACACGGUCAAUGGAUUGAGGCCAAAUGAAGAUGAACAUGGGCUUUUCAUCGAUAUCCACCCGGAGACCGGAGUGCCAAUGAACGUUUCCAUUCGGCUGCAGCUCAACCUGCUCAUCAAGAGCGUGUCUGGCAUCUCAGAAACCGGAAAGAUAGCUGAAGUGGUGAUGCCCAUGAUCUGGUUUGAAGAGAGCGGCUACAUUGAUGGUCCCGUCCUCAACACGUUCCGCACCAAUCUGGUGGUGCUGCCCAUGGUCAUGGAGUACAUGCAGUACAUCUUCAUCGCUCUCGGUCUCGCAGGCAUUUUGGGAGCCGUGAUGUUAUACGUCAAUGACAAGGUAAAAUCUAGGUUGGAUGAUCACCCCAGCGCAGAUGUGAACCCGUCCAGCUCAGCCACUGAAAAGACCCCAUUACUACGGACCCCAGAAAGCUAAAGUCACUAGCCACAUCACAGCUUGCUUUUACAAUGAACUCUCAAUCCCACAAUCCACUGGACAACAAAAGUGAUUCUAUUGAAUGCUGGGAUUGAAUGAAUGAACUGGUUUAAAUACAGCCCAUUUUCUGUGAUGAAGGCAUUUGAUGUAGAGCAAGGGCGUUCACUUGUGUGUCUUUUACCCAUUGGUUGGGUCUAAAGUGCUGUAUGAGGUCAAUACAAAAUUUGUAAAGGUUAUUUUUUUUGACACUUGAAAUACUUGACAAAAUGUAGACAUUCAAAUGGUGCUUUCAUGGUUCACUCCAAACCCUGCUUUCUCAGAGAAGGAAAAAUAAAACACUAUUUGAAGAGAUUUAACCUUUUUAUGUUGUAACCUUUAUCCUGUAUGGACAUGCCAUGAACACUUUAUGAUAACAAUGUACCAUUGAGUGAAAUAUCCUCUGAAAGCUGAAAAACGUUUCUCCAUACGCUGAAAACGUUUCCUGUAAUUGGUCUCUAAAUGCACUUGUAUGUAGUGGAGGUAAAACAUUCCUAAAUGUGUCCCUGUGUAUUCUCUUUUUUUAGGAAAUGAAAUUGGGUUUAUUUUAAACCUUUAUCAAUGGCUUUAAAUUUCAUGGUGGUUUGUUUUAAAAUGCAUGAUUCUCAGGCAGCCAAAUGUUAAACUUGGCCUGGAAAAAUGUCUAUAGACUAUAACUAUGGCUCCAAAAAAUGCAUGGUCAUGAUCUAUGAUACAUUUUAUUACACAUUAAAUAAAACUGAUAAGGUCUGUAAAAAGCUUUGCAGAAGAGAUAACCGUUGUCGACAAAGUUUUCAAAUCGCAUUGUGUUUCUCAUUUUAUGAAAAUGUUAUCAAACCAAAGUCGAAAGGAUAUAACUUGUGUAUAUACUGCUAAAGAUAAAAAAAAAAAAGCACAUUCCUCUACUAA